CUGAACGGACACAAAAUGGCCGCCAUUGGAGACGACGCUGCUGCAAUGGACAGCAUUUCCAGGUCCCCCGGGGCUCAUUCCACUCCUCCGAACGCUCCCGUGGAUUUAGGGAGUCAUGGGGAAAAUGCAGAGGACGCGAAUGAAGCUCCGAUGCCUCUGGUUAAAAAAAUCAACAAUAGUGACGGUGGUGUGGAAACUGCAGAAGAAGCUGUGGAGCCAGCAGAGCCUGACAUCAACGAGUUGUGUAGUGACAUGUUUGAAAAGAUGGCAAUAUUUCUUCAAGGAGAGCUCACAGCCACUUGCGAGGAUUAUCGCCUGUUGGAGAACAUGAACAAGCUAACUAGUCUGAAAUAUAUGGAGAUGAAAGAUAUCAGUAUAAACAUCAGCCGAAACUUGCAGGACCUUAACAAUAAAUAUGCUAGUCUCCAGCCCUACCUGGACCAGAUAAAUCAGAUUGAGGAGCAAGUGUCUUCACUUGAACAAGCUGCUUAUAAACUGGACGCAUAUUCCAAAAAACUAGAGGCCAGAUUCAAAAAACUUGAGAAGCGAUGAAGGCAGCAACCAGCACCACGUAGCUUUCUGUCCAUCAGCGUGACUAAGCCCUAUUUGACAUCCGAUGCGGGCCUGGCAAGCUGGGAAGACACAAAACUGAUGUUAGAGGCUGCUUUGACUCCUAAACAGCGGGUUAGUGAGGAAGGAGCAGGUCAAGGCAACAGUGUUUUUGCUUAGAUUUGAACACAUAUCACUGAGUGGUGCUGCAAAGGUUGUACAAGAGUGAGUGUGCACUUUAUUUAAAGAGCAACAGCCUCAUCCUGUUUGGAUGGUAGAAUAGAAGUUUAUGAUUGGAACUUCUUUAACAUAAUUUUUUGAAUGUAUAAAGAUGGUACACAAAGCAUGCUCAGAGACUACCAUAGGCAAACACGCCAAAGUAAUAACCUGAAAUGUAUUUAACACAAAUUAAAUGUUUUAAUGUUGUAAUAUAUUUACUAAUACCGAAACCUUUUUUUUUUCAUAAUAAAAGAUGAAGUGCA